ACAACGAAGCAAGAAACAGUGAAUAUGUAGCCAGUCAAACAAAUGCACCUCAGUAAAGCAGGGCUGUGUUAGAUCAUUUUAAACAAUAGCGUCAUAGGAAGCCAAGUAUAGCUAGCAAACAGCCUUUCUGUGUAUAUGUAUAAACAUCUGGGUAACUAGCCAGCCACAUAUUUCUAUAACUGUCACCGUCUUUGUGUUUUAAAAUAUUUUAACUGCUAUAUUAGCGAUAUAGAUAUAUAUACGUGUGUGUUAGCUAUGCAAGGACCAUGCUUCAUCGACUCCAGCAGAAGGGGAAGCGGCGCGAUCGGGCUGCUUUUGCCGCUCCUUGGUGCUUGCUUGGCGGCCACAGUCAUCGGGUACAAACCGGUGAUCGUCGUGCACGGGCUUUUCGACAGCUCCAGCGAAUUUGCCACCUUGCUUCGGUUCAUCAAUCAGUCCCACCCAGGCACCAAUGUGUCGGUCAUUGACCUGUUUGACCGCAGCGCCAGCCUGCAGCCCAUGUGGAAGCAGGUGGAGGGCUUCAAGCAGGCUAUCUAUCCCAUAAUGCAGAACGCUGCCGACGGCAUCCACUUCAUCUGCUACUCCCAAGGUGGCUUGGUGUGCAGGGGAAUUCUCUCCACUCUUCCUGACCACAACGUUCACUCGUUUAUCUCCCUGUCGUCCCCACAGGCCGGCCAGUACGGAGACACGGACUACCUGAAGUACAUUUUCCCAGAGUUUGUCAAGGCCAACUUGUACCACCUCUGCUACACCUCCUACGGACAGAGGGUGUCCAUCUGCAACUACUGGAAUGACCCCCACCACCAUGACAUGUAUUUGAACAGCAGCGACUAUCUGGCUGUGAUUAACAGCGAGAGACCCAACCCCAACACAACAAUGUGGAAGAAGAACUUCCUGCGCAUUAAGAAGCUGGUGCUGAUUGGUGGCCCGGACGAUGGAGUCAUCACACCUUGGCAGUCGAGCCAAUUCGGGUUUUACGACGCCAAUGAGACGGUGGUUGAGAUGAGGCAACAGGAUGUGUACCUGCGGGACGUGUUCGGGCUGAAGACGCUGGAUGCUCGGGGGGACCUGGUGCAGUGUGUGAUCCCAGGAGUGCAGCAUACCAGUUGGCACUCCAACGACACGGUGUACACCACCUGCAUCGACAAGUGGCUGACAUAGAGUCCCACAGCGGGGACACACACGUGCGUACACACACUCUGCUUACUGUGGAGGGAAAUACACACACACACACACACACACACACACACACACACACACACACACACACACACACCCACACCCCACUCAUUCACUCACUCACAUCCUGCUCACUGGAAAGGGAAAUGCGCACGCACACACACAC